AUUAUCGUUUGCUCUCUCGCGAUUGACAUUUCCAGAGCGGCGGUUAUGCCUCUUUCCGCCGCGAGUUCGAGUUACGUAAGCUCAAUCGCCGAAGAACCACCGCCGAAGAAACAGCUUGUUUCGGCGCCGCCGUCGUCUUCUCUGCUACUACUUCCAGAUGAAAUCAUCCUGAAUUGCUUAUCCCGCUUGCCGAGAUGUUACUACCCGGUUAUUUCACUCGUCUGCAAGACCUUCAGGCGUCUCAUCGCUUCCCCGGAGAUCUACGUCGAUCGCUCUGUACUUGGAUGCACUGAACGCGUUCUCUAUGUGGCUCUCAGAUCUCACGCUACCGAAACUCCUCGAUGGUACACUCUCAAUUUCAAACCUUUCGGAAAUGAUUCGAUUAACAAUAGAAGAUUAGUUCCGAUUCCGUCUUUCCCUUCGGUUCCUUGCUGGGGGAUGUCUAUGGUCGCUCUUGAUUCUGAGAUUUACGUCCUCGGUGGAUGCAUCGAUGACGAAUUGGUCUCCACUGGGUUCGUAGUUCAUUGUCCAUCCAACACGUGUCGCUACCUCCCUAGCAUGAAGCAGGCGCGUGGCUGCGCCGCCGUGGGUAUUGUCGGCGGGAAACUGUAUGUGAUCGGGGGUUGUGACCCUCUGUCUUUGAAUUGGGUGGAGGCUUUUGACCUCAAGACUCAAACUUGGGAGACUGUUUCGGGUGUUCGUAAUGUGAACGUUCACGACUUAACCAUCAGAAGCUUUGUGAUUGAUGAUAAGAUAUACAUCAUGGAUAGGAAGAAUAGCUUUGUUUAUGAUCCUAAAGAAGGUAGUUUGGAGAGUGAUGAGUUGCUUGACACACAAUGGAGUGUGGGCUCUUGCGUCAUUGAUGGCAGGGUCUACACUUUUGGUAGCAAGAAUAAAAUAUGGGUCUUUGAUCCAGUUGCCAGGGUUUGGGGUCGCUUGAAGGGUCUCGAUGGUCUUCCUGACAAGCGUGAUGGUUCUAGGAUGUCCAAUCUUGGUGGGAACCUUGCUAUUAUAUUUAACCUCAACAAGGCUUCAUCUGAAAUUUCUUGCACAGAGAUCAGUUUGGAAAAGAGAGGAGGAAAGAUUUGGGGGACGGUCCUGUGGUCUAAUACUGUCAUGACGUUGAAAACUCCUUCCACCAUUGUACGAUGUCUAGCUGUAACAGUUUGAUAACCCCAUCCCCAUGAGAGAGGUUGUAAAGCUUCAAGCUUGAAAUCUGUAAAUGUACGGGUGCAGGUUGGUCUGAUUAAGAUGAAAGCACAUACAUACAAGGCUUUAUUGGAUGUUGGAAUCCAGAACCUGAUACAGAUACCUUAUUGAUCUUUGUGCUAAAUGCGAGUACUUUUGCAAGUUAUUUGUCUCGUUUGUUUGUUGUAAGACUCUUUCUGUAUGAUAGCAUACUGUAUGAUUAAUAGCUACUAUGUUAACUGUUGUUUAAUCAAGUGUUUGAAUAUCGAGGUCGGGAAACAUUUUACAGUA